GAGUGAUCUUCGCAAUGCUACGUCGGACAGUGAAAAACGGUUUGAGGGCGAGCUCCCAGCUGGCAGCUAUCAGAAAUCCGGAACAGGUUCAACAAGUGGAUCCGGAGUGGGAAACGGCGAGACCCUUUGCUGAUCUUCCCGGUCCCACGAGAUGGCAAUUGUUUCGCGGCUACCAAAAAGGCGGCCAGUACCACCAGCUGGAUUUCGAUGAGCUGAUGCGUCUGUAUAGGAAGCAGUUCGGCGAGAUCUGCAUGAUACCCGGACUCUUUGGCAUGCCCUCCACGGUGAUCGCCUUCAAUGCGGAGACCUUCGAGAAGGUCUUUCGGACCGAGGGUCAGUGGCCCGUGAGAGGUGGAGCUGAGCCCGUGCUCCACUACCGCGAGAACCGGCCGGAUGGUUUUUUCAAGGACUGCGUUGGAUUGUUCAGCAAUGGCCCCCAGUGGGGUAAGCUCAGGAGCUCCGCCAAUCCCGUCCUCAUGCAGCAUCGCAAUGUGGCAGUCUAUCUGAAGCCCAUGCAGCGAGUUAAUCGCCAGUUCAUCCAACGCGUCCGGGAGCUGCGAGAUGGGGAGACAGCGGAGGUGCCGGCCGACUUUGUGCACACUAUCAAGCAGCUGACCUUCGAGUCGGUGGCCACGGUGGCCCUGGACAAGGAACUGGGGCUCCUGAGGAAAACCAAUCAGCCGGCUGAGGCCGGAAAACUCUUUCAGAACAUUGAUAUCGUCAUGGAAGCGUUCUUUGAACUUGGCCUCAAGCCUUCGAUUUACAAGUAUAUUUCCACGCCCACUUACAGGAAGUUUAGCCGGGCCUUUGACGAGAUCUUCGACACCUGCUCGUUGUACGUGAACGAGGCUAUAGAAAGGAUCGAAAGGAAAUCGAAGGAAGGCAACUCCAAGGAGCACAAGAGCAUCCUGGAGCAAAUGCUGCAGGUGGACAGAAAGUUCGCCAUUGUCAUGGCCAUGGAUCUGCUAAUGGGCGGGGUGGAUACCACCACAUCGGCCUUAGUUGGACUAAUGCUGAAUCUGGCCAAGAAUCCGGAGAAGCAACAGAAGCUCAGGGAGGAACUGCUGGCCAAGCUGCCUUCGCCAGAUAGGGAAUUUACGCUGGAGGAGAUGAAAUCUCUGCCAUAUCUGAGGGCCUGCAUCAAGGAGUCCAUGCGUGUGUACCCGGUUACCUUUGGAAAUAUGCGAUCCGCCGGAGCGGAUGUAGUGCUGGGCGGAUUCCGCAUCCCCAAGGGUACCCACCUCCUGAUGAGCAACAUUUUUCUGCUGAAGGAUGAGAGCUUUUACGCACGGCCGGAGGAGUUCCUCCCAGAGCGUUGGCUGCGCCGUAAGGAUGCGGACGAGGACAGUUCGGAGGCCCUCAUCAGCAAGAAUCCGUUUGUUUACCUGCCCUUUGGCUUCGGACCUCGCAUGUGCGUAGGCAAGAGGAUAGUGGAUCUCGAACUGGAACUGACCGUGGCCAAUGUGGUGCGAAAUUUUCACAUAGAAUUCAAUUACCCCACCGAGAAGGUCUUCAAGUCCACGUUUCUCUAUAUGCCCAAUAUUCCGCUUGGGUUUAAGUUCACCGAUGUGAGAUAUUAAAAAGAUUUUAAAGUUAAAAAAGUUAAAAGUAUAUAAAUAAACCAAAAGUUCAAA